GUGUGCGCGCAUAUAGAUCACAAAUAGAGCUGGUCGAACCGUGAUUUGCAAUAUUUGCGCGCAGAGAGAAUAUUCAAGAACCUUCGUGUCCAUCAUCGUUUAACGACGCGCAACUGGUAUAAAAGCCGAAGCUGCAUUCAUUGGUAGCUGUCAAUGCAAACGAACAAGUACGACGCAAUUCAACUCAGACGACAGACAACACAAGAAAAUUUGUGUAACAAAAUAAAUAGCUACAAGAAAUAUUUCUUAAACGCAGUUGUCAUUUCAAUAAUUAACAAAUAAAAGUGAAAUAAUAUUUAAACAUGUCUGACCGAUUGCUGAAAAUAACUUACCAUGGAGCACCAGCUGGAGCAAAGAAGAAGCUCAAUGCUUAUUUAAGAAUGCCAUCCAACAAUUUGAUAAUAUUGCGUCGUGAAAUUGAGCUGUUUCUGUUCCAGGAGCGUCAUCUGCCCCAGAUCGAGAUCAGAACAUAUUGGAUUGAUACCGAUUCUGAUGAAAUCGAAAUCGUCAAUCAAAAUGACUAUGAAAUUUUCUUGGCCAAAUGCGAGAAGAACAUGCACAUGCAAAUCGCAGCAGCUGUCGAUGUCGCGGAGGAGUUGGAAGCCAAGCAAGAGACAACUAAUGCACCCACUGCAGACGAUCCCAGCAAUUUCAUCAUUCAUGAUGGCGUUGAGUGUGAUUCGUGUGGAGUGGCGCCAAUGAUUGGUUUUCGGUACAAGUGUGUGCAGUGUCCCAAUUUUGAUCUGUGCCAGGUGUGCGAGACUGCACACAAGCAUCCCGAUCAUCUAAUGGUCCGAAUGCCAACCAACAAUGGCCCGAGCAUUGUGGAUGCUUGGCUUAGUGGUCCGGGAACUAGUUCACAUCAUCAUCGUCGUUCAAGCCGUCGCUUUAAGGGUCACUGUCCAUUCGCAGAAGCUGCUCAGGCUGCCCCAGCCACCGAGUCGCACAAGGAAAACCGUCGUGAUCGACGAUCUGCCCGUCGUGGUCCCAGUUUUAUGUCGCAAUUUGCAGAAUCGAUGUUUAAUAUGCCAGACGCCAAUACUACAGGCCCUUCUACAGCUCCUCCCGGCUCCCAAUUUCCAGAAACGACACGUAAUCAGUCAACAGCCACCCCAAGAGGUUUUAUAGGCGAGGCACUCGCUGCAGCCGCCGCAGCUCUUAAAGCCACAGAGCAGAAGCCUUCAGCCUCAGCCCCCGAGGAACCAACUGUAGCAGCUGACAAGAAAUCCGCAGCUACUACGACCGAGUCGAAUGCGUUGCCAUCCAAGAUCCCAGUUGUGGAGGAGCCAAUCAUUACGGCUAAUGUUGAGGAACCAGUCGCUGCACCACGCACCAAGGAGCAAACCAAACCAGAGGCACCUUCUGCUGCCAAGCCAGAGGAACCUUCAACUGCCAAGCCAGAAAAAACUUCUGCUGGCAACAGCACACCGACGACUCCAGUAAUCAAUCUGCAGAACUUGGCUCAGAUGGUCGAUCCUCAAUAUAUGAAGGCUGGCAUUGAAAUCUUGAAUAACUUUAGCGAAAUGUUUGCUAAACUGAUUGAUCCAAAUGAGGCUGCUGCCUUUGGUUGUGCAGAUACCUCAAUGAGCUCGAAUGGCUCCACAGUUCCAAGGGAAACUGAAACUGUCCCAGAAACCCAGCAGACUCCAAAGGAAGACGCUAAAUCAGCUUCAACAGAACCUACUGCUCCAGUUGAUCCAGCUGCUCCAGUUGCUUCUGCAGUUCCAGCUGCUGCUGCUGCCACAGCCCAAUCCCCGCAGGCUGUUCCAGAGCCGAUAAAGAAGACCGAGUCUGAGGAACGCCGCAGGUCAGAGAGUUUGGAUCAGGAUUGGCAGAUGAUUGACAACACUGCUGGACCAAUUUCCAAUGUUUCCAGUACCGAUGCCUUGAUCAAUUUAAACACCACCAGUUUGACUUCAUCUUCUUCGUCAUCUGCGUCUACUUCCAUCUCAACAGAAGCUUCAGUGUCGCCAGCACGUGACUUUGUCCAGUUGGGUGAGAUGCUGCGCCAGCACGUGUCUGAGGAGCAACAACGCGAAUUGACUACGGCACACACUCAAACUUCUCAGGUGGACACAGUGACCACCUCGACAUCCACCAAUCCGGUUGCCACCAACAGCACAUCGACGUCGACGAGUCCUCGCAAACCCGAGGAGAAGCGCAGCGUGCCCAUCUACCACACUGAUGAACGCAUCAAUGCUGCAGUACACGCCAUGAUGGCCAUGGGAUUUAGUAAUGAGGGCGCCUGGUUGACACAGCUGUUGGAGUCGGUGGAGGGCAACAUUCCUGCCGCUUUGGACAUAAUGCACACAUCGCAGAGCGGACGCAAUUGAUGCCUGCUCUCGUAUAUUUAUAAUUUAAUUCAUUUCAAUAUCUGAAAUACUAUAUUAGUGUGUACAAGACAUAAUUGUCUGAUCUGUUUUAUUUGAGGUGAUUUGUUAGCUUUAUUGAAUUCAAAAGCUAUGUGUAAGCUCAUGUAUGUUCCAAAUAAUCAAAA